UUUCCGGUUUGCUGUCGCUUCUCGCUUUAUUGUUGCUACUUUCUCUUAGCGGUUUGUCUGUAUUUCGCGCAACAACACGUUUUCUUUUACACAAGAUCAGCAUUUAAAUUAUGAGACAUAUUCUCUAGAAGACCCGCAUCGCUUAUACGUGUUUAAAACUGGUCCUACAGAAACGUGAAUGUGGUGGACUUCCGGUUCAAAGAAAAGACUGAAAAUGUUUUGGAGCACUAUGAAAUAAAAAACAGACAUAAACAAAUAAAAACACUAAAUGUAUAAACACUUUAGCUUGGAGUUUGCCUCCUGGUGUACUCAGUAAGUAGACCUGAGCUUGCUGGUGUGCUCAUGAAGGCCUUGUUUCAGCGUAGGCUUCAGAAACUGAGGCUCUAAACGCAGUACAGUCUACAGUCCCUGUGUGUGAAUGCUCACUGGCCCAGGUCUCUACAGCGAUGGAGUCGUAUCUUUUCCCCUUCGAUGGGCUGAUCUGCAUGCUCCUGGGCAUCUCCUUCACCGUGUGGUUCACACUUUUGCUGGUGUUUAUCAUCGUGCCUGCGGUCUUCGGUGUGUCCUUUGGCAUUCGGCGGCUCUACAUGAAUACACUGCUGAAAAUAUUCGAGUGGGCCACGCUGAGGAUGGAGAGAGGAGCGAAAGAGAAGAACCAGCAUCUCUACAAAGCCUACAGCAACGGGAUCAUAGAGAAGGACCAGGUGUCUUUGGAGCAGGAAAUACAGGAAGUGAGUCGUGUUAGCGGAGCCGAGGCCGAAUUCAACAUGUCGGACAUCAUGUUUUUCUGCCGCCACGGGGUCGAGAGUAUCGUGGACGAUGAGGUGACGAAGCGCUUCACAGCCGAAGAGCUAGAGUCAUGGAACCUGCUGACGCGCAGCAACUAUAACUACAAUUUCCACAACAUCAGCACACGGCUGACGGCGCUCUGGGGACUCGGCAUGCUCAUCCGAUACGGCAUCCUGCUUCCUCUCAGGGUCACUCUGGCUUUUACCGGCGUCGGACUCCUCGUGGUUCUCAUGUCACUCAUCGGCCUGCUCCCUAAUGGCCGCAUGAAGAAUUUCCUGAGUGAAAAAGUUCAUCUGAUGUGCUACAGGAUCUGCGUUCGUGCUCUCACCGCCAUCAUCACGUACCACGACAGUGAAAACAAACCCAAGAAUGGAGGCAUCUGUGUGGCCAAUCACACGUCACCCAUCGACGUCAUCAUCCUAGCAAGCGACGGCUGCUACGCCAUGGUUGGCCAGGUCCACGGUGGCCUUAUGGGCAUGAUUCAGAGAGCGAUGGUUAAAGCCUGUCCUCAUAUCUGGUUUGAGAGAUCAGAGGUUAAAGAUCGGCACCUAGUGGCCAAAAGGCUCAGUGAUCAUGUAGCAGACAAAACCAAGCUGCCCAUCCUCAUUUUCCCUGAAGGCACCUGCAUUAAUAACACCUCAGUAAUGAUGUUUAAGAAGGGAAGCUUUGAAAUCGGAUGCACCAUCUAUCCAGUGGCUAUAAAGUAUGACCCAAGGUUCGGAGAUGCUUUUUGGAACAGCAGUAAGUUCGGGAUGGUGAAUUAUCUCCUCCACAUGAUGAGCAGCUGGGCCAUCGUUUGCAGCGUGUGGUAUUUGCCACCCAUGAUCCUAGAGGAGGGCGAGGACGCUAAGCAGUUUGCUAACCGGGUGAAGGCCGCCAUCGCCAGGAAAGGAGGUUUAGCCGAUCUGCUAUGGGAUGGAGGACUAAAACGGGAAAAGGUGAAGGAGGUGUUGAAGGAGGAGCAUCAGAAACUCUACAGUAAAGCCUUAGUGGGAAAUGGUGAGGAUCGAAGUCACUCCUGAUCGCGGACGUGCUGCCUGAUUGCAAGCAGACCUACUGAUUGUGCCCAAAAGGCAAGACGAAUUUUAUGAAUCACGGCACAGACUAAAACCGGGCCAAGAUCGAAGCCUUGCUGAACUCCUCUGCAAGAUAAAAGCUGAACUGAAAUAAAUUGAACCGAACAGAUAUCGCUCAGCAAGCGACCUUAGCUGAACCAAGCAGAUCAGACUGCUAACCGGAGUCAACGGGUCAAAUCUGAUCUGGAAUGGAAUGGACCAUGUUGAUUUUGGAUCGACAGUUCAGCGACUAAAAAAAAUCUCAGCUGAAAGGAUCACUCGUGUAUCGAACAACAGAAAACUUAAUUCAACCAAAAAAGAUCUGAUCAGAUCUAAACAAGACUAAAUAAAACAAAUUAAUGUGUUUAAUGUCAUACUGAACCUAACGGACUUGGAAUUGAAUUUCACUGUUCAGUUGACUGAGACGAAGAGAAUCAGAAAAAUCUGAACUGGAUAUGAACUGAAGAAAUCCGUUGCUUUGCUGAUAAAUAUAUCAGAACCGUUACUUUGCAUACUUUUCCAUGAAUCUAUGCAGUGGCAUUACAUUCAUUCAAUUUCCUUAGAAUUUGAAGUACGUCAAAUACUUUUUUAAAUUUAUUUAUUUUGUGAGUCGUCUGUUACAGUAGACACAUUUUCCGUGUGAAAACAUUUUAUUUCUGCAGAAAGAAACUGCAACGGUGACAGUAUAAAUAAAAAAAUCAACGUUUUGGAUCUCUAAAACGGAGAAUGGACAUCGCUGGGUGCAAAGUGUCUGCUUUCAUUUAGGUGUUUAUUCACUUAAAUGUCUACUGAUCAAAGUAAAGAGAAUUGUGUGCAUCAUUAUAUGCUGAUAACUUGAUAUAAAGUAUAAUAUGCUUAUUAAACACGCACAAUAUCAUGGCCACUUCAGAACAUUGUACAAGCCUGUACUGUUCAGUAGACACCAUAAGAUUAGAGUCUCGUUUGAGCAAAAGCAGUCCUGUAAUCCUGCACAUCUGAUGACAAUGAAAUAAAGGGGGAAAAAAUUAUGAAAAUGGUAGAUGAAGGUUAUCUUGAAUUCUGUUGAACCCUGUUAGAAUGGUCUGCCCUGUUUCUCAUUAAAUGAACAUGUAUUAACA